GCUUUCAGUCAUCAAUUGACAGAGCAGAGAGUAGCUGCGGGGUCCUGCAGGGGCUCUUAACUUUGGGACCGUUGGGCACAUCUGGACGACGCUGCAAUGCUGCUGCAGGGAGGACGCUCUGCUGCUCACGCUGCACUUUUAUUCUUCGUUUAUGGCCUGGAGGCAACUUUUGUGCUCGGCUUUAACCUGGACACCGAUCAUGUCCUCAGGAAAGACGGAGAGCUCGGCAGCCUGUUCGGCUUUUCUCUGGCCAUGCACCGGCAGCUCAACCCGGACAAAGUCAUGGUACUGAUUGGUGCACCCAGAGCCCGGUCUUUGGAAAACCAAAAAGCCAAUAUCACUGGAGGCCUGUAUAAAUGUGAAGUCACCCAGUCUAAUAAUUGUGAGCGUAUCAAAUUUGAUGAUAAUGCGGAUCCGAGAUCUGAGAAUAAAGAGAAUCAGUGGAUGGGGGUGUCAGUGAAGAGUCAGGGACCUGGGGGAAAGAUUGUGACAUGUGCUCAUCGCUAUCAGAAGCGUUUGAAUGUGAAUACUCCAGAGGAGACUCAUCACAUCCCCGGACGUUGUUAUAUUCUGAGUCAGGACCUAACCAUUGACCCUCAGUCUUCUGAGGAUGGAGGUGAAUGGAAAUUCUGCGAUGGCAGACCUGAAGGCCAUGCAAUGUUUGGAACAUGCCAGCAAGGACUGGCGGCUACUUUCACCAAUGAUUACCAUUACAUGGUUUUUGGAGCAGUGGGAGCUUACAACUGGAAAGGGAUAGUGCGAGUGGAGCAAAAUAAUAGUACUUUUGUGGACAUGGGAAUAUUUGAUGACGGCCCAUAUGAAGUUGGGAAUGAAAAAUUUAGGAACCCUGAGUUUGUGCCUGUACCUGCAAACAGCUACCUCGGAUUCUCUCUUGAUUCGGGACACCACAUCACCACUAGGGGUAAGCUGACAGUGGUGGCUGGAGCGCCCAGGGCCAAUCACAGCGGAGCUGUAGUCCUGUUCAAGCAGGACAUUGUAGCAGGAAACCUCUCAACAGAGUACAUUCUGCAUGGUCCGGGUCUGGGAUCCUGCUUUGGAUACGACGUGGCUGUAGUGGACCUGAAUAACGAUGGGUGGCAAGACAUAGUAAUAGGAGCCCCUCAGUUCUACAUGAAGGGUGAAGACAUUGGGGGAGCUGUUUAUGUUUACAUCAACAAUGCAGGAGUGUGGGAAGGAAACACUCCUGUCCGUCUAAUAGGGACCAAAGACUCGAUGUUUGGAGUGGCAGUAGAGAACAUCGGCGACAUCAAUCAAGACUCAUAUAAAGACAUUGCGAUUGGAGCUCCGCAGGAAGAUUCUGGGACAGGAAAAGUCUACAUUUAUCACGGCUCUGCACAGGGAAUCAAAACGACCCCUGCACAGAUCCUUUCAGGGAAAGACCACAACAUUCGAUUUUUCGGAUAUUCUCUGGCAGGAAACAUGGACCUGGAUGGUAACUCUUAUCCAGACUUGGCUGUAGGCUCUCUGUCAGAUUCAGCAAUAAUUUACAGAACAAGGCCAGUCAUUAGCCUCAACAGUGUUGUCAAAGUGUCUCCAAAUGAAAUAAGUCUUACAAAUAAGACGUGUGGGGACCGUGUUUGUUUCACUGUGAUGGCAUGCUUUUCCUACAAAGCUAAUCCUGCAUCUUAUAAUCCAAAGCUAACUGUUAGCUAUGAUGUGGAGGUGGACAGAGCUCACAGGAGAGGACUGACUUCUAGAGCGAUGUUCUUAAACGACUCCAGCUCUGAACUGGAAUACCAGUUCAACGGCACCUUAAAACUCAAAGAGCAAAAUCAGCAAAAGUGUAUCAACCUAAUAGCCAGACUUAAGGAUAACAUCAAGGACAAGAUGCGUAGCAUUCCCGUUGAGGUGUCGGCAGAUAUAAGUACAAAACAAGGGGAAUCAAAUAAUGGCCUCCCUCCCAUGAAUCCCAUUUUAGACGCCACUCAACCAAGCAAAGUCAUUUCUGAGGUGAACUUUCUAAAAGAAGGAUGUGGAAGCGAUCAUAUUUGCAAGAGUAACCUAAAGAUGAAUUACAGUUUACACUACAAAGAAGCCAACAAAGAAGAGUACCCCCCGUUAGAAAAGAGCGAGAACGACAUCCCAGAGUUUAUUGUGAAAUCCCAGAGGAAGGACUUGGCUGUGUUGGUGACAGUAAGCAACAUGAAUGGUAACGAUGCUUAUGAGGCAAAGCUGGUGGGGACCUUCCCAAAUACCAUGUCAUAUUCUGGAGUCCGCACCGAUCCAAAAACAAUGGAAAACCCGAUCACCUGUGAUGCAAAUGUAAACAGCUCUCAAGCAGAAUGCGAGCUGGGAAAUCCUUUUAAGAGAAACUCACAGGUUGCCUUUAAAGUCAUCCUGAGUGCUGCACAUCUGACUUUAGACACCACUGAGAUUGAGAUCGAUCUGCAGCUGAAUACGACCAGCCACCAAGCAGCAAUCCAUGUAAAAGUAAAGUGUAAAGUGAUCAUUGAAUGGCCUUUGUCUGUCUCUGGGGAAGCUAAUCCUACCCAGGUGUUUUUUGGAGGUGUUGUGAGAGGAGAAAGUGCAAUGAAGUCAGAAGAAGAAAUUGGAAGUUCGAUUAACUUUACUUUCACUAUAAACAACUCGUGGAAGCACUUGAAACCGUCUUUCGAAACCUCACUAAACAUUUAUUGGCCCAAAGUACAUAAAAAUGGGAAAUGGCUUCUGUACCUGAUGAGCAUCGAUUCUGAAGGACCAGAGAAAAUCCAUUGCUCCCCUAAAACUGAGAUCAACCCUCUGAAUAUUGCUCAGCAGUCCUCUGUGUCUCGAACAAAACGAGAAAUUAUGAAAGAAGAAAGAAAAACUGGUGGAAAAACGUCUUCGCUGAAGGAGAAGAAGAGAGUUUUUUCCUGUGAAGAUGGGAUGGAAAAAUGUGUGGUGUUCAAGUGCCCCCUGCAGGGGCUCGAUGGUACAGUAAUCGUAUUGAGAUCCCGUCUGUGGAACUCAACCUUUAUUGAGGAGUAUGCCCCUAGUUCAACUUUGUCAGUAAAAGCCACACUUGAAUUUGAUACUCAGAGGGAAAACGUCAUACUGACCAAUCAAAACAUGACUGUGAGUGUGAAUGUGUCCCCUGACAAUGAAGGAGCUAAGCAUCAGGGAGGAGUUCCCUGGUGGAUCAUCCUGGUGGCAGUUCUCAUAGGAGUAUUGAUUUUGAUUCUAUUGGUUUAUCUGCUGUGGAAGUGUGGUUUCUUCAGGAGACCAUCUAAAGACCAGUACAAUGCUGCGUAUCAGAAGGCAGAGAUCAACAUUCAGCCGUCUGAAAAAGAUAAACUCAGUGCUGAGGACUGAUAUAUACGCUGUGAACAUGGUGUGGAUUCUUCAAACGCUCCAAAGAAAACGACAGCGUCCCUCGUUACCACGCAGUGCGGAUAAGAAAGGAAACUCCUCAGCACAAAGAUGGAAAAGUGAAACCCGAUCCGUUUGAAAAAAAGCAGUGGAUGACGACUUGGAUCGACAAUGAAAGUUACUCAUGACCUUUUUCUGCUCAGAUCUUUGAACGAAGACAAAACUGAACUUAAUAAUUUCAUUAACAUGUUGCUUAGUGAUAGGUUUUUUGUUUUCUUUUUGGCUAAAUGCAGAAAAUGCUUUCCAGAAAUUAUUUGGGUUGGGGACUUUUUACACUGUAUAGCCGAUGAACUAUGUUUUCUAAUCGUUGUAUAUAUUUGAAUAUGUCUGCGCAUUUUAUAUUUAUAAUUUUUUUUUUGAGAAAAAGAGAAAUCAAAUCAAGCAACCAAAGUAUUAUCCACUCGUGUUUGGAGCCGAAUAACAACGGGCAAAGUUUACUGCUGUUUUUAAAGUUGUACUGUCUCACUGGAAGCCUGAGGUCUGUUCACAGAAGGUACAGCCAGUCACUGUAAUAUGAAUGUAAAUGAGAUUUUUUUUCUGUGAAUGGUAAAUAUGUAAACUUUCUGUUUUUUCUUCUUUGAAAUGACAUUUAGGUACAUUGUCUUGUCACAAAAAAUAGAUAUUUGCAAAUAACUGUGUGUGAGUCUAAUGUGAGAGCAGCUCCAUUUUUCCUCUCUGCUCACAUUAGCUCACCUUGUUUCUCACAUAUGAAUCGCAUCUACUGUACUAUCGAGCCUCACUUUUUGGUCUCUGUGGGGAAUUCAAAGCGAAGACGGUGAAAAUCAAGUGAAACGCUUUAAUUCAAAAUGCCUUUUUUUUAAAAAAAAGUUUUUGCCAAGUAAAUUAAAAAUGCUUAAAGAA